AUGUUCAUUAAAUGUAAUUUGUUACUCCAUAGUAAAACGCCGCAAGAUGCGUUAUCGUACGAUACACCCGAUAAUGAAACUGCUGUGGAACUUUUGAGAUUUCAACAUAAUUUUAUUGUCCAAAAAUUUGGUGCAAGUCCUGUUCAUCAAGCUGCUCUCUCCAUAAUAUUUCCCUAUGCAAUGCACCGCGACAAAAAUGAAAUAAAAAAAUUCUUAGUGGUCCAUUCAAAUGCAGGAUCGCAGGAUGGUCAGCCACUACAAUGCACAAGUAAUCAAAUCAAUUAUCAUGUCGAAAAUGAAUACUCAACUGAAGAUUUUGAUAGCUACGACUUUAAUAAUGAGACUGAGAUGUAUAGAAUGACAAUGCCGCGGUCUCGAAAAACUCGUGAUGUGAGCAAUUAUCAAGAAUCGCCAGAAAAUAGGACUUUAUUGCUAAAUUGCAAUUCACCAUCAUUUUUGUGCUACGAAAUUAAAUGUCAAGUUGGACCUUUCUUUCAAGAACAAACAGUAGUUCGACUAUCCAUAGACAUGGCUAUGAAUGUAUCUGUUUUAAAAGAAAUUUUAGACGACAAUGAUGUUGCACUGUUUUCAAGCAUUGCCAAUGUUAACGUCAUUCGACCUUUCGGGUUAGAACAGACUGCUACUGGAGGAAUAUUGUUACGUCCUGAUGAUUUUGUUUUAUCAACAUUAUUCAGUGGAUCUCCUAAGAAUGGAACUAUCGUACCAUGGAUAAUUGCCGUGGCUGUUGCUGUGGGACUUCUCCUUUUGGGUCUGGUGAUUGCUGGACUUGUCAAGGCCGGCUUUUUUAAGAGAACGACUAAAGAAGAAUUAGAAGCACUCAAAGAGGCUGAUCAGAGUGCACCAGGAAUAAGUGAAGAGGAAGCUUUAGCGCACAGUCAUGAAGUUGAAAACUCAUCCGAAAAAGAAGAAGCUUAA